UUAUGUGAUGAAUCAAUGCUUCCAGAAAAGGGGCUUCUGAGUGACUGCGAGAACAAUUACUUCCAAAUGAACUCGUGCAUCUUAGCAGGGAGCUUUCAGACCACACCUCAGGUCUCUUCUGGUGAUUCUGAAGCCAAACCUCUGAUCUUCACAUUUGUCCCUACUGUCAGAAGACUACCAACCCACAAUCAGUUGGCUGACACUUCUAAAUUCCUUGUUAAAAUUCCCGAAGAAACAAGUGAUAGGAGUCCAGAAACUAUAAAUAGGUCUAAUUUCAGUGACUACUUGACCUUGAAUGCUGAGAGCCAACAAGAGAGAGAACAAGGGACUUCAACUUGUCCUUCAGAGAUCAGUGGGAAGAUUUCACAAGGAAGGAUAUUGAAAACCAACGAAUCUCAAAUAAUGCAGCAAGGUGAUCUCUUUAAAGCUGAAUAUGUCUUUAUCGUGGACUCUGAAGGGGAAGAUGAAAAUACAAACAGAAGAGGUGAACAAGGUUCCCCAGGAGGAACAGGCACCACAGCGGUCCGACCCAAGUCUCUACCAAUUUCUUCCAGCCUGGUCUCCGAAGUGGUGCGCCCCAAAACACGAGGAGCUGAUCUUAAGUCCUCCUUACAUCCUGACAUACCUCAUGGGAUGGCCCCUCAGCCAAAGCAUGGGCAGUUUCCUUCUCCCACUACCUCUGAGCAGCUUGCCUGUAAACCACCUGCUUUCUCCUUUGUUUCUCCAACUAAUCAGAAAAUACCACUCGACCCAGUUAACCUCGAGGGAGCCUCUGUCCUAGAGGAGUUCCACACUAGGAGGCUGGAUGUCAGUGGGGCCUUGGUGGAAGAGACAGCUACGUAUUUUCAGACCACCGCUCACUCUGCACCCAUUGCUUCAUCGAAGGGAGCCUCCUCGGUGUUACCAUUUCCCCAUUCCACUCAACUGUCAGGGUCUGAUUUAUCCAGUCCAAGUGCAGCAGAGCAAAAACCUGAACUGACAUCAGAAGCCUCGAAGAAGACGCCAACUCUCACCUCGCAUGUCCUUAGCCCCAGAGAAACUCCGAGAACCUCUUCACCGUCCUCCGGUGCUUCUCUGAAGUCGAAUUCGACCUCGUACAUACCAGUCCGCAUUGUCACGCACUCACUCUCUCCGAGUCCUAAGCCGUUUACCUCCUCUUUCCACGGCUCUUCUUCCACUCUCUGUAGCCACAGGUCAUCCAGUGGCAGUCUUUCAAAGUCAGGGGUAAAAUCCCCGGUGCCCUCUCGGCUUUCCCUUCUCACCGCUAUUCUCAAGUCAAACCCUUCUCACCAAAGACCCUUUUCUCCUGCUUCCUGUCCUACCUUCUCUGUCAACUCCCUGGCCUCUUCCACACUCACACUUGAUCAAAAAGUGAAGCAAACCCCACCCAUGCCUAAGAAAUCGCUUUCAAGUUGCUCUUUGAGAGCAGGGUCUCCAGAACAAGGAGAACACCGGGUUUCUGAGCUGACACAGCAAUCCUUUCUCCUGCCUUUCUCGGCUGGUUCUACCCCCCUUUCUCAGGUGCCCACUCUCUCCCCUACAAAACAGGACAGUAGCAGUCUUGUUGCUUUGAAUGUAGAGAAAACAGCAUCACCCACUUCUUCCAAGAGCAAUACAGUACUCUCCCUGCAACAAACUAACACAUCCAGUUCUGCAGGUCUUCCUCCUGUCCCUCCAGCCUCUUCUCUUUCUUCUUUAAAGGGCAAACAAGAGGGUGACCUAAGGGGUUCAGAAAAGCCCACCAAUAUUUACAUGCAACCUUUGUCAGCCCCCUCUGUCUUAACUUCUGUAUCUCCUCCUAUCAGUCAAAGAGACACACUCUCCUCUCCUGAGAAAUUCCAUCCUUCCCAAACUCUUUCAAACCUGAUAAACAGAUCCAAAAGAGCAUCACCUCAACUAGCUGGCAAGGGGCUGAACCCUUCACCUCCUCCUUCACUCCCCACCUCCAGUGCGAGCUCUGCUUCUCUUCCAAACUUGGGGUCCCAUUCUUUCUCUCAAGCUAAUCUGUCCACCCAGGCACUGCGGCUCAGUCCCUCAGCACUGCACCCUAAUUGUGGGAGUGGUACCCUGCCUUCAAGACUUGGGAAAUCUGAAAGCACAAUAUGCAACCACUGGUCACCUGUUCCAACCCCAUCACUUCCCAUCCCUCUAACGAGAACCAAGGAGAUGAUUUCACCUUGUGCAUUGUCCAUGCCGCCAGGUCCUGAAAAUAAGAAACCAAAGCAAUACAAGAUCAACUCAAACUACAAGGCUUUCGCAGCAAUUCCUACAAAUGUAUUGCUUUUGGAACAGAAGGCGUUAGAUGAACCAGCGAAGCCUGAAAGUGCCUCCAAGGACGACACGUUAGACCUACCUAUGGAGUUGUGUUUCCCUGCACAGCUCAGGCAGCAAACUGAAGAGCUCUGUGCUACCAUUGAUAAGGUCUUACAGGAUUCCUUGUCUAUGCAUUCUUCUGAUUCUCCUUCAAGGUCCCCACAGAUAUUGUUGGGUUCUGACACAAUGAAAACUCCUACAACUCUUCCAAGAGCAGCUGGUCGAGAAACCAAAUAUGCAAAUCUCUUCUCACUCUCCUCUACUGUGUCUGAGAGCCAACUGACUAAGCCUGGAGUAAUUCGCCCAGUACCUGUAAAAUCCAAAAUAAUACUGAAAACAGAGGAAGAAGUCUAUGAACCCAACCCUUUCAGUAAAUACCUGGAAGAUAACAGUGACUUCUUUUCAGAGCAGGAUGUGACAAUCCCUCACAAGCCUGUUUCGCUCCAUCCUUUAUAUCAGACUAAACUCUAUCCUCCUGCUAAGACCCUGCUGCAUCCACAGACCCUCUCACAUGCUGACUGUCUUACCCCAGGACCCUUCAGUCAUUUGUCCUCUUUUUCACUGAGUGAUGAACAGCAGAAUUCUCAUACCCUCCUUAGUCACAGCGCAUAUAAUAAGCUGAGUCAUCCAAUGGUGGCUAUUCCUGAACAUGAAACUCUUGGUUCCAAAGAGCAAUGAAGUUGGAACAGAAGCUGAAAACACAGGCUGCGGGAGUUUUUUUUUUUUUUUUUU